ACUAAAGCCUUUUUAUGGCCAGCUCCCUGUCAUGAACCCGUUACCGUUUUUGACAAAUCAAGAAAAUGCAUCCUUCCCUGAUGUUUAUGAGAUGUUUGUUUAUUUUGACAAACUAUACUUUAACCAACAUCUUGGAUCCGUGAUACUAAAAUGGAGUAACCGAAUGACCUUAUGUGCGGGAUUAUGUGAAUACAAAGGUGGGCUAUGUACAAUCAAACUGUCUAAAAAGCUCCUUCAAUAUCGAACAAGUGCAGACAUUUUGAACACAUUACUUCAUGAGUGUAUUCAUGCGUUUCUUUUUAUUACAAAAAAAGAAAUAGACAGAACACAUGGCCCCGAGUUUCAUAAUAUGAUGCAUAAAAUUAAUCGGAUAGGUGGGCACCAAAUUACCGUAUACCAUUCAUUUAGACAAGAGGUAGAACUUUAUAGAAUACAUUGGUGGCAGUGUCAACGAUGCCACAGAAUUUUUAAAAGAUCCAGAAAUAGGAUUCCAUCACCUAAAGAAUGGUUUUUUGCGGCUCAUAGCAAGAAUUGUGGUGGAAACUUAAUAAAAAUUAAAGGGCCAGAUAAAAAAAUAGAUAAAGGCCACCUCCUAGGCUCAAGCAGCGAACCCAGCGACGAAAAUGUUUCAAAAGAUGAGCAUGGCACUAGAUUACCGAAUGACGACCUUUUAUUAAUAUUUUUAGAUGAUACAGACGAAGAGAGUGUGAAAAAAUUGGCUGUUUCGAAGUUUACAUUUGAACCAAAAAAAGACCAGACUAUAAAUUUAACAGCUGAGCUCAAUGCACAAAUCACCAAUUUAAAGCUGCAAUCUAUCCCAGUUAUUGAUCUAACGACUGAAGCCGAUCCAAACGUUAUCGAUUUGACAAUUGAAUCCACAAAGCAUAGUUUUGAACCCUAUUAAAAGUCCAGUACUUUGCAAUUAUUCAGUAAACUAAAAAACAAUUCAGUUUUGUUUUUAGUAAAUGCAAGUCAUGUUUCCUUUUAAGAGCUUUCAUUCUUCAGCUCAAUGUUGCCGUUCUCGUUACGGUUUAAGACAUUACCAUGCAUCUCAACCAAUUCGUUCAUCUGCUUUGACUUGCUUAACCGAAGAUGAGUCUCUGCUUCGUGACACAGUGGCUCGAUUCUCUGCAGAAAAAAUCGCACCUCUUGUUAAAAAAAUGGAUGAAACUUGUACACUUGAUCCAAGUAUUAUCAAGGCGUGCUUCGAAAAUGGUUUGAUGGGAAUAGAGAUUGAUCAAGAACUAGGAGGUGCUGGCAUUUCUUUCUUUUCCAGCAUUAUUGCAAUUGAGGAAUUGGCCAAAGUUGAUCCUUCGGUCAGUAUUUUUGUUGAUGUUCAAAAUACUCUCGCUGGAACAGCCAUUCGCCAAUUCGGUAGCAAAGAUCUCCAAGCCAAGUACUUGCCUCGUUUGGCCCAGGACACGGUCGGGUCGUUUUGUUUGAGCGAAUGGGGCAGUGGAUCAGACGCUUUUGCUCUAAAAACAACGGCUGUUCGUGAUGGCGAGGAUUAUGUCCUAAAUGGAACCAAGGCUUGGAUUACAAACUCAGCAGAAGCAGGGCUAUUUGUUGUAUUUGCUAACGCAGAUUUUUCAAAGGGAUAUAAGGGUAUCACAAGCUUUAUUGUAGAACGCAACAUGCCUGGACUAAAAAUAGGUAAAAAAGAGGAUAAAUUGGGGAUUCGCGCAAGUUCUACCUGCGAAGUUAUUUUAGAGAACGUUCGUGUCCCAAGCGAGAAUGUCUUAGGUGAAUUUGGAAAGGGGUAUAAGAUAGCCAUUGAAGUUUUAAAUGAGGGGCGUAUAGGCAUUGGUGCGCAAAUGCUGGGAAUAGCAGAGGGUGCCCUCGCUAAAACGAUACCUUACCUAACACAGAGAAAGCAAUUUGGAAAAUUUAUUCACGAGUUUCAGGGAGUUCAGUUCUCGCUCGCUGAUCUGAGUGUGGAUGUUGAGUCGACUAGACUGCUUGUAUAUAAUGCGGCUCGGUUGAAGGAUGAAGGGAAACCUUUUAUUAUAGAAGCCGCACAGGCAAAACUCCAAUCGUCCAUUAUAGCAAGCAAGGUAGCAUCAGCCUGCAUAAACUUAUGUGGAGGAGUUGGAUUUACAAAAGAACUUGGUGUCGAAAAAUAUUAUCGAGAUGCAAAGAUAGGGGAAAUUUACGAAGGAACUUCUAACAUAUGUCGAGAAACCAUCGCUAAAUAUCUUAUUCCACUCUAUCAGCCGAAAUAAAAUAAUUUGAGCAAGGCUAUUCUA